GGGAAAACCUAUAUAAACGAAAUGACGGAUCUGAUCUUCCACUGUCGACUGGAUUCUCCUGCAAUGGCUCUGAAAUUCGUUCUCCUCGCCGCCUUCGUGGCCGCUGCCAACGCUCAAUUUUACACCAGCGGCCUCGGGUACCGCCCUGUCGCUGUGGCUCACGCCCCGGUGGCUGUCGCUCACGCCCCAGUCGCCGUCGCCAGGGCCGAAGAGUACGAUCCUCAUCCUCAGUACAACUUCGCUUAUUCUGUCGAUGACGCCGUUACCGGAGACUCCAAGAGCCAGAGCGAGACCCGCGACGGCGACGUCGUCCACGGAAGCUACUCCCUCGUCGAACCCGACGGCUCCAGGAGGGUCGUUGAAUACACCGCCGACCCCGUCAACGGAUUCAACGCUGUCGUACACAAAGAAGCCAACGUCGCUCACGCUCCAGUUGCCGUCGCUCACGCACCCGUCGCUGUCGCUCACGCCCCCGUCACUCUUGCCAGGACCUAUACCCCGUACGCCACUGUCGCCCACGCACCAGUCGCCACCGUCGGACACUCCAGCCCUGUCUUCCACUACUAAAUGUUUCCUCGUACCUGUUGUACAGAAUUAGGCAUUAAACGUUAACGAAACAAAUA